AUGCUGCUGUCUUACCCCCCCGCAUAUAUUAUAGAUCAGGCUGUCUGGGUGCGAGCAGCAAGAGCUCGAUCGCAGCAGCAGUUUCGUGCUGCUGCUGCUGCUGCUGCUGCUGCUGUCAUUCCCUUCCUUCUCUUUGUUGGCUUCACAGGCAUUGUUGCUGCAGCAACUUUCGACAGACAAACAGCAGCAGCAGCAGCAGCAGCAGCAGCAGAUGAUACAGCAGCAGCAGCAGCAGCAGCAGCAGCAGAAGAAGCAAUAGGCCGAGCCCCUUUAUUUUCUCUAUUUAUACCGAGCAGCAACCUGCUGCUGUUUGCUGCUGUUCUUGCUGUUGUUUCUCUCCUCGCAAUGAGUACUGCUGACGCCAUACAAAACGCCUUACCCUGGAUACUAGCGGCAGAUAUCUUCGGCCGCAUCAGCAGCAGCAGCAGCAGCAGCAGCAGCAGCAGCAGCAGCAGCAGCGGGAGCAGCAGCAGCAGCAGCGGGAGCAGCAGCAGCAGCAGCAGCAGGAAGGCUUUGCGUAUGUAUCGUCAGCACAACAGCAGAUCUAACUUUAUAACUUCUGCUGUUUUGCCUCCUUUGCUGCUGGGUCUCCGCAGCAGCACAACAGCAGCAGCAGCAGCAGCAGGCAUGCUAGCUGGUGUUGCUGCUGUGCCUUUAUGUGGUGUAUGCUUCACGAGAGAUGCUGCUGCUCUAUAUACUUGGUUUUCGGUUCCUUGGGGUGUAGCGCAUGCAGCAACAGCAGCAACGUUUGCUGCUGUCCCUGUUGCUGCUGCUGCUGUCACCCUCGCUGUGUCUUGGGCCUUCCCUGCUGCACCAAAACAAACUGCUGCUCUUGCUGCUGCUCCUGCUGCUGCUGCUGCUCCUGCUGCUGCUGCUGCUCCUGCUGCUGCUGCUUCUGUUGCUGCUCCUGGGGGGGAGGGAGAAGAGGAGGCAGCAGCAGCAGCAGCUACUGCAGCAGGAGCAGCUGCAGCAGCAGCAACUGUCAAACUCAGGAUACACCCCGACACACAGCAGCAGCAACAGCAGCAACAGCAGCAACAGCAGCAACAGCAACAGCAGCAGCAGCAGCAGCAGCAAGGAGACAGCAGAUGGUCUACAGGGGACAAAGAUGCUUCUGGCUUCGCCCUUACAAGCGCAGACUCAUAA